CUUCUUCUCUAGAAAGCCAAAAACGACGCUGAAACGAAAACCUCUUAUUUCUCUCUCGCUCUAAGAUCGCAUCGGUGAGAGAGAAGCAGAACUGAAAUCCGGGAAGAAUGGUGUUUCCGGAAGCCGAUUGUGGAUUGUACUCCCGAAGCGAAAACGUGACGUUCUCGAUUCGUCGCGUUUUUUGUGAACUAUAGCGGCACCUGGAAACCCUAAGCAAAAGUUACCUUUUUACUUGGCACAGCUUCGAAGUUAUUCCGUGUUUUGUCUAUCAGGAUUAAGCCAAAUAUUAUAAAAUAAUCGCAGAUGAAAGGUACCUACUUUAGCUUAAGAGUCUUGAAUUUCGGUUAAACGCUUUGUUUUUAAACCAGAGAGCCUCGUUUCCUGUGUCGAUUCUAUUUUGCUUAUCUCUGGAGAGAAGGGAGUGUUGUCGAGUUAUCAUUUGAGUCUCGUGUGUCUGUUUUGGUUUCGAUUGAUGUGUAGACUGUCGACGGAUAACUUUUUUGUUGUUUCCAUCUCAUUUCCUAUUGAGAUUUCUUUGAAAUUAUCGCAUUUCUUGAGCUGAAGAGAAGAAUCAAGAAAGUCUAGAAAAAAAAACAAUAGAGUAGUUUAGAUUUUAAUUUGACAGUAUUGUAGCUCAACUCGAGGAAGCUUCAAGGAUGGAGGGUAAUUGACGCAUAUUAUCAGUGUAUUUUGCUGUCGAUCUCUCCGAUCAUGCCUUUCACGAUGAAGAUCCAGCCGGUUGAUUCUCACGCACUAGAAGAACCGACUCUAUCGGAGCCAGUGAAGCCGGUGGUGAAAUCGCGGUUGAAGAGGUUGUUCGAGCGCCAGUUCCUGAGAAACUCUGUUGCAGAAAAGGCCGGUUCCAUAGAGGAGCCACAUUUGAUCAAACACGGGUCAAAUGAAUUAUCCGAGUUCGAGCCAAGCUCGGUGUGCUUGGAUAAGAUGGUGCAGAAUUUCAUCGAGGAGAGCAACGAGAAGAACUCCACUGGCGUGCAGCAUGGUCGCAACCGUUGCAAUUGCUUCAACGGUAACGGCAGCGAUACUUCUGAGGAUGAAUUGGACUCUUUCGAUGGAUCCAAAUUUUCUUCCUCUCGCGAAGCGUGUGAAAUCCUCAAGAAUUUGGUCCUUUGUGCCAGUGUUUGUGAGAGGAAUUUGCUUGCUGACACUGCCAAGAUCGUUGAGAAGAACAAGAUCUCUAAGUGCAAAGAUAAUAGCUGCAGGAAGGUUGUCACUGAUGGAUUGGUGGCUCUUGGAUACGACGCUGCUGUCUGCAAAUCUCGCUGGGAAAAAUCCCCCUCUUAUCCAGCCGGCGAGUAUGAAUACAUAGACGUGAUAAUCGAGGGCGAGAGGUUGCUAAUCGACAUCGAUUUCAGAUCACAAUUUGAGAUUGCUCGAUCAACCAAGAAUUACAAAAUUGUCCUCCAGUCCCUGCCCUACAUCUUCGUCGGCAAGGCCGAUCGUCUCCAAAGGAUCAUCGCCGUCGCUGCGGAGGCAGCAAAACAGAGCUUGAAGAAGAAGGGAAUGGACGUUCCGCCGUGGCGACGAGCCGGUUACUUCAAAGCUAAAUGGAUCUCCCCUAAUAUCGAAACUGCACGCCCUCCGCCCGCACUCAAUGACGAUUCCAAGUUUCAAAGGGAGAAGCCGCCUCCGGCUGUUACAACCACCGGCAUCGUUGAUCCAGGCUGUGCGGAGAAUACGAAGGAAGGGACUGCAUCAGAGGAAUCUGUGUUUACUUUAGAUGAAAAGUCCGAGGAAGAGAAGGUACCGGUGGUGAAAGUACGUAUAGUGCCGGCGGUGGUGAAGUCGAAGAGUGUGCGAUCUGGUUUGGCUUCAGUGAUUGAAGACGAGCCCUAAAAAUUUUGGUAUAUUUUCCCCUUGUUUUUAUUUGGGGAAAUUAGAGAAUCAAAUCUCGUAUAUUGUAUAUGGAUAUAACUAGAACUGACAUAAUUCCGGAAAAUCCCCCUCUGCUUGUUUUUUGUGUAAGGGUGUGAUUUAGUAAUACCAAUAAGAUGUUGAAUAAGAACAGAGUCUGACCAAGUUGCAAA